UAAUUCGUCACGCGGCCUAGGGUUCUUAUCUCUCCUCUCCAUCAUCUCUCACUAUAUAAGAUCCCUUCUUAGGCUACCAGUCUUCAUUCGUUUCACAUCCACCGUAAGAGGCCAGCGUCGUUUUCAUUCAUCGUUCUCUCUCUAAUCAUCAUCUAAUAAGCAGGAUAAUUGGAGUUUGGUGUGUAAUAUACAGUUAGCAAAAGUGGAUCGUGUCACGUUAAAACCUUCUUUUAUGUCUGAACAAGCAUCUCCCUUUUUAUUAUCUAUUGGAUUGCUUGGAGAGUACUGCCCUACGUCUAGAAAAAAGGAGAUACAUUCUUCAGCCAUUUGCAUGCAUCUUGAGCUGCUUGAAGACUUUAGCUAUCCCAAUUACUUUUGGCAGUUCGAGAGCACUCUUCCAUUCAACGGAACUCAAUUCUUCAAAAAGAACACUGAUUAACGCAAAAGCAGCCCCAGGUUCCAAUCAUGGCUCUUCAGAAUAUCGGUGCUGGAAACAAGGAUGACGCCUUCUAUCGUUACAAGAUGCCGAGAAUGUUGACAAAGAUUGAAGGGCGUGGAAAUGGCAUUAAGACUAACGUAGUCAACAUGGUUGAAAUCGCGAAAGCCCUAGGUAGGCCUGCUUCUUAUACGACGAAAUACUUUGGAUGUGAGCUCGGAGCCCAAUCGAAAUUUGAUGAGAAAACUGGAACCUCACAUGUAAACGGGGCACACGACACUUCCAAGCUUGCGGGUCUUCUCGAGAAUUUUAUCAAGAAAUAUGUUCAAUGCUAUGGGUGUGGGAAUCCAGAGACUGAAGUAAUCAUAUCGAAGUCGCAAAUGAUCACUCUGAAGUGCAUUGCUUGUGGAUUUAUUUCUGAUGUUGAUAUGAGGGAUAAGCUCACUACGUUUAUAGUUAAAAACCCGCCAGAACAGAAAAAGGGUUCAAAGGAUAAGAAGGCGAUGAGGAAAGCUGAGAAGGAACGUCUCAAGGAAGGUGAAGCGGCCGAUGAAGAGCAGAAGAAACUGAAAAAAGAUGCUAUUAAAAAGAAGGGAACUACUGUGGCGAAAACAUCGUCUAAAAAGAAAGACGAAGAUCAUUCUCCUCAAGGCAGCCAAGCCGAUGAGACCGAAUCUGUUGCAGUCGAGGACAAUGACGAUGAUGAUGAUGCUGGCGACGACGUCCAAUGGCUGACAGACACAUCAGCAGAGGCUGCCCGUCAGCGAAUUCAGGAACAGCUGAGUGCUGUUACUGCUGGUAUGGUUAUGCUAUCGACAGAAGAAGAUGAGAAGCCAAAGGCGGUCAAGGCACAUUUGAAGCUGGUUGCUUCAAUUAAAGAAUUUCUGGAUAAGGGUUCAUCCGCAGCUCAGUUUAAAUUGUUUGUUGAAUCAUUAACUGAAUCUCCAAAGGAGAUAAUGGAGGCAUUGUUUGAAGCUAUGUUUGACGGAAUUGGCAAGGGUUUCUCAAAGGAAGUUGUGAAGAAGAAGAAUUAUCUUGCGGCUGUUCAAGGGGAGGGUUCAUCUCAGCUGGUGCUGCUUGAAGCGAUUGAGAAUUAUUGUGGGAAAACGAAUACGGAUGCAUUGAAGGAAGUUGCUCUGGUGCUGAAGGCGCUUUACGAUAUGGAUGUUUUGGAAGAGGAGUUUAUCGUGGAAUGGUACGAGAAGGGUUUGGUUGGGAGUAACAAAGGGAGUUCAAUUUGGAAGAAUGUUAAGCCUUUUAUUGAGUGGCUUCAGAGUGCUGAAUCUGAAAGUGAAGAUGAAGAAUGAGGAUUUUAAGGUUUGUUUUGGUUUGUUUUUGGUUUUUACUUAUUUGAGAAUAAAGAAGGAUUAGGUUGUGGCUUUUGGGACCUUUUUCUUCUAUUGUGUGAGUGGAACUACUUAUGGUUUAUUUAGUGGAGUUGUUGCUGGUUUUCAAUUAAUGUUUGUUUUUUUAAGUGGAUUAUUAUUGAAUUU